CAUUCGUAUAAACCGAUUCGCUCUUGUCAAAUAUCUGCAGCAUUGUUUUCGGAUUUCUUGUCGCGUUCAGAGAAUUAUUUUUGGUUGAAUCUUUUGUGUGCUCAUUCAACUCCGAAAAAAUACGCCUUUUCUUUGUAAAAAUUGUAGUUAUUUUCAAGUGAAAAUCAAAAUUUGGUCGAUUCCACUCUGGAUCGGUUCACAUAGAAUGUGAUUUUGGUUGUAUUGCAAUAAAAACAUGUUUUCGAAUCUCGACAAUUUUCUCAACGGCAUAGACAACAUCUGUAAACAGCAGCUCAAUGAUUUGCCGGACACAUUGCAAACGAAUGAAAAUGACAGUUUUGAUCUCGACUUGUCAACAUCAUCUGUGACCAAACCCAAAUCGAAGACCAACGAUGAUGAUGGAACGGGCCAAGGUGCUUCAUUUGUGCCGUCCAAAGGACAGAAAACAGCGGCCAAACGGUUAAAAAAGAUUGGUGACACACUGCAAAACAAUCUGGUUGAAGCAAAGCGACUGCAAGGCCAAAUGGAACGGAACAUUGCCAAAGCGUCCAAACGAAAGUCACCAAAAAAACCGACUGGUGCACGCCCAAGAGGACGUCGGGGACGCGCUGUCAACUUGAAUCCAUCGGAUAUGUCAUCAUCAGACUCUGAUGCACCACUAUGUUCAUCGAAUCGAGCCGUGCAAGGCCGAUCGCAACCAGCCUACGAUCCAAAUACAAUAGUUUUAGACUGUGAUGAUGAAUUUAUUGGUGGGCCAGCGGUAACUUUCACUCGCAAUGUGGCAGCGGCAUCUGCAGUUUCGGUCGAAGAAAGCAAGGAUUUGAAGGUUACAGUUCGCAUUAAUGGCAAAAUUGAACAUUAUUACAUGAACGUAUUCCAAAAGUUGUCUGUGUUGACUGCACAACUGAGCGAAAAGCAUACUGUGCCUUCGGAUCACAUUGCUCUGAUGUUCAAAGAUAAAACCGUGUCGGAACAAGAAACACCAAACUCGAUUGGCUACAUUCAAGGUUUAGUUCUACGGGCACACGUUUCUGAUAUGGUUAAUAAAAACAAAAACAUGGCGAGCUCAAUGGCAAAUACAAAUGCAAAUAAAUUGGAAAUUAAAAUUCAGGCUGAAGGUCGCAAGCGACCAUUCAUUACUUACAUUGGUGCAAAGGACCAGCUGAUUACGCUUGCUUUUGCAUGUGCUGAAGAAUUCAAAUGCGACGUGGACAAAGUUGCCCUAGAAUUCGAUGGUGAUUUCAUUAAUUUUAAAGAAACUGCCGAGGAUUUGGCACUGGAUGGUGGUGAAAUGAUGGAUUUCUUUAUGAAAAAAUGAACCAAUUAAUCUUUGAAAAACAAAUCGAACAAGCAAACAACACAAAAUAAAUACAAAUGAAAAAAUGAGAGCAAAAGCCUAAUUUAUAUAAAUAAUGAGAUAAAAACAAGUAUGUUUAUAAGUUUCAGAUUGUUAAGGCAUUGAAUUUAGAAGAAUUUUUUUUACAAAUAUUACCCAAAUCAGCAGUUCAUGUAAUUGUUAAACAAAAAUGUGGUUAAACAAUCAAGUGAACAUUCAAAUGUAAUAGCAAUAAGAAAGUAAAAUCCAAAAGCAAAAACAAUUGGAUCGAAGAAAUUGUUUCAAACCAAAUAAACAGGCAAAUCAAGCAAAUGGCAAUA